CGGGCGCUAAAUACAAUGAACUUCGAUCCGAUUAAGGGACGCCCGAUCCGUAUCAUCCAAUUGGAUCGAGAACUAAAUCAGUUAUCGUCUAAAGCAGUGGUCUCCAAACUACGGCCCGAGGCCCGCAUAUGGGAAGCGAGGCCCUCCCGAGAGAUCCCGAGAUCAGCCCUCAGCUGUGGCUAUUCCACUCAAAGCGGCCCGCUAUCUAAAAAGUUUGGAGGCACCUGGUCUAAAGUAUUCGUAAAGAAUCUGGAUAAAAAAAUCGACAACAAGGCGAUGUACGAUACGUUCUCGGCAUUCGGCAAUAUCCUAAGCUGCGAGAUAGCACAGGACGAAAAAGGCCAGAGCAAGGGUUACGGUUUCGUGCACUUCGAGACGGAGGAAUCGGCUAACAAUUCCAUCGACAAAGUAAACGGCAAAUUGCUGAACGAAAAGAAAGUGUACGUCGGCCGAUUCAUCUCGCGCAAGGAGCGCGAGAAGGAACUGGGCGAGAAGGCCAAGCUGUUCACGAAUGUGUACGUCAAAAACUUUAGCGAAGAUCUGACCGAGGAGGCGCUCCGUGACAUGUUUGAAAAGUACGGUCCCAUCACAAGCCACCGCGUGAUGACGAAGGAAGGCAAGAGUCGUGGAUUCGGCUUUGUCGCUUUCGAAAGCCCGGAAGCUGCCGAAAGAGCGGUUCAGGAGUUGAACAACAAGGAACUGGCCGAUGGAAAGAUGCUAUAUGUCGGUCGUGCCCAGAAAAAGAACGAGCGCCAAAUGGAGCUGAAACGCCAGUGCGAGCAGCCCAAGAUGGAGCGCCUGACACGUUAUCAUGGUGUGAACCUGUACGUGAAGAAUCUGGACGAUACGAUUGACGAUGAGCGACUGCGCAAGGAAUUCGCCCCGUACGGCACGAUCACAUCGGCCAAUGUUAUGUUGGAUGAAGGCCGCUCGAAGGGGUACGGUUUCGUGUGCUUCUCAGCACCCGAUGAGGCUACAAAGGCAAUUACUGAAAUGAAUGGCCGCGUGGUGGGUAGUAAGCCGCUGUACGUCGCGCUUGCCCAGCGUAAGGAGGAGCGUAAAUCGCACCUGGCGAGCCAGUACAUCCAGCGUGUGAAUAGUCUGCGCAUGCAGCACAUUGGUCAAGUGUACCAACAGAGUGACAGCUACUUCAUGCCUACCAUUACUCAGCCUCAGCGCUUCUACGGACCGCAGGUUGCGCCACAGCUGGCUGCUGGACAAACGCGUGCACCAAACUACAGGUUUACUCGGUCGAUGCGCAACCCACAGCUCGUUGCUCAGCAAGCUGUCAUUGUUAAAGAACCACUUACUGCCAGCAUGUUGGCUGCUGCUCAACCGGCUGAACAGGAACAGAUGCUUGGAGAGCGUCUGUUCCCGCUUAUUGAACAGAUGUAUCCGACACUCGCCGGUAAAAUCACCGGAAUGUUGCUCGAGAUUGACAACUCGGAACUGUUGCACAUGCUGGAGCACAAGGAAUCGCUGACAGCGAAGGCUGAGGAAGCUGUGGCUGUGCUGCAGGCACAUCACAUGACUUCGGCACAGCCUAACUAAAGCGACGACGAAGCAAACUGCAUAGAAGCUGAAGCCGUUGAAUGCCGUUCGUCCUUUUGUGUGAAAACCCUUUCGUUAGCCGAGCGUAACGAUCAGUAGUGGGCAGAUUCGAACCAAGCUGUAACUUG